AUGGUACUCUCAAUGGACCGAUGGGUCGGCAAAGUGGCCAUUGUGACCGGUGCUAGCUCUGGAAUUGGAGCGGCAAUUGCGGAUGCUCUUGUCGAAAACGGUUUACUUGUGGUAGGUGUUGCUCGUAGAAACGAACUCAUCGAAAAACGCGCCAAGGAAUUAUCAGACAAAAAAGGAAAACUGUAUGCUUUCAAAGCCGACCUUAGUCGCGAAGACGAAAUUCUAUCAGCUUUCAAAUGGACUGAAGAUAAUUUAGGGCACGUGCACGUUCUUGUCAACAACGCCGCCUUUUUGUCGGAAGAACUAUUAACCGAAGGGAAUACUGAAACGUGGAGGAGAGGUUUCGAUAUAAAUGUAAUAGCCCUUUGCGUUGCUACAAGGGAAGCGGUCAAAAUAAUGAGGAAAAACGACAUAAAGGGACACAUCGUCCACAUUAACAGUAUUUCAGGGCACGAAGUUGUGGCUCUACCUGGAAGCAAUGUUUAUUCAGCAACAAAAUUUGCAGUUACUGCUUUGACUGAAACCUUGAGGCAGGAAUUGAAUACUUUAGGUAGCAAAAUUAAAGUCACAAGUGUUAGUCCCGGUCUUGUAGUUAGCGAAAUGACAGUUCUGGCUAAAGAUAUAAGUGACGAAAGAAGGAAGAUAAUGGAAGAUCGUCCAAUCCUGCAAGCUGAAGAUAUAGCAGACGGAGUGGUUUAUGUUUUAUCGACGCCAGAGCAUGUUCAAGUACAUGAAUUGACGAUCAAGCCAGUGGGAGAAUCUACUAGUUUUGUAUCACAAAUAAAUACAUAA